ACGAGGAGUGCAAUCUUCCUCUUUUGGAUAGAGCUCAUCUAACAGCUACCUCUUCCUUGCCUGAGAGAGGCCCAAAGAAUGCCAGGUUAAAUGGUGGAUCCUAGCAAGUAGCCUGGAGAAUAUCUUAUAAAUGAGAUAUCUUGAAAAAAAAAUUAUUUUUAUAAUCAGAGAUAAUUUAAGGGUGUACCGACUGCGAUCCCAGACCAGCCAAAGACUAUUGGGAUAUAUAAACUGUGAUUAAAUAAGUUGAAUGCUUAAGCUUGGCACAAACAUUUUGAAAAUGUCGACGGCCGUUCGUUGGGCGUUUAAUUGGAAAGAGUGGAGUCCGGAUCGGAAGGAGUUUGAACAUGCGAUUUCUUGCGUACAGAGCGACGAGAAAGAGAGACUAGGGAAGUUUGUAUUUCGUAAAGAUGUAAGGUCUUCUCUCGCAGGCAGACUGUUAAUGAGAAAAUUCGUUAAUGAAUACACGGGACUCCCAUAUGACGAAAUAACUUUCAUCAGAGAUGAGCAUAACAGGCCGCAGUUGAAAGAUAACGCCGCUAUUGUAAGUUUUAAUGUCUCUCAUCAAGGCUCCUAUACAGUCUUAGCGGGUGAAACUAGAGAUGUAAAAUUAGGUGUGGAUGUGAUGGCCUUAGAGUAUACUGGCGGCAAAAGCAUCUCCGAAUUUUUUCGUAUAAUGAACAGAAAUUUCUCGACGGCCGAAUGGACGGAGAUCAAAGGCUCCGUUCCGGGAAAGUCGGAAAUGGAACAGAUAUCUAUGUUUUGUAGACACUGGGCGUUGAAAGAGAGCUAUGUUAAAGCGCUCGGUGUGGGAAUUGUCGUUGACUUAAGAAAUAUAGACUUUCGGACAAAUUCGGAGUUGAGUAAAGACUCGGUUACAACUGAUACAGUCCUGUAUGUCGACGGCGUUAAGCAAAAUUGGUUGUUUGAGGAAACUUUACUCGAUUCACAACACUGUGUUGCUGUGGCAUUGCAAGAAAAUGACAAAACACUGUCGCAUAACACCACGUUUGAGUUAAUAGAUUACGAUAAACUUAUGACGCACUCGGUUCCACUCUUUCCGAUAGAUCCACCAUACACGACGCAAUAUUUCGCUAAAUCAGAAAAGCCAUAGCUUCUUUAAUUUACUUCUAAAAUAAGAUCGCGACACGCAUGACAAAUGUCUCUUCCUCAUAUCUAUGGUAAAAGAUGGAUAUUGCACAUUGUAUACAAGUUUAACCGCAAGCCAAUAAAGCACUAAGCACUA